UUUUUUGUGUAUUUAGUUGAAAUCAUUUAAGAUUUAUAACUGUAAAAUUUAACUUUCAUGUUAUUUGUAAGAAACACAAAUUUAAGCUAUAGCUUAUACGGUAUCAUACAGUUUACGUUUUGUGUAAUUAAAACAUAUAUAAACAAAAUUUUUGUAAUACAGAUUUGCAUUCUUUAAUGUCAGAAUCGAAAUGUCAUCUAAAUCUAAGUAUUUACAAGCCAAAUAAAACUUUAUUUGUUGUCAGUCAAGGCUAAAGAGAACGUUUUCUUUUUUUUAAUAAAAGCAGAAUAAACAUAUAAUUUUACACUAAAUUGCUAUGAGUAAACACUUAAUGGCGGAGCAAGAUUCAUCUGUUUUUGAAAAGAAAAAUUUGAAUCGAUUAGGAAAAUGCGAAGUUUGUAGUGGAGUGGCCAAAUAUACUUGUCCAAAAUGUGAGGUUAAAACAUGUUGUUUGGAAUGUGUUAAGAUUCAUAAAGAAGAAUUAAAAUGUAAUGGAAUUAGAGAUCGGACGAAAUACAUUCCUCUAAAAAACAUGACUGAGGAAGAUUUUAUGAAAGAUUAUUACUUUUUGGAAGAAUGUACGCGGUUUUCAAAAGAUAUACAAAGGUGUUCAAAACAAAUAAGUGUUCACGAGGCCAAACGAUUUGCAAUUUCAAAAAUGUUCCAAUUGAAAAAAGCUGCAUCAGAUCGUGAAACAAUUUUAAAAAUUUUACCACAAGUCCUUUUAAAAAGGAGAGAAAAUACAUCAUACUAUAAUCGAAAAACAAAAACGAUAUUUUGGAGGAUAGAAUGGAUUUUUAGCAAUGCCAAUGGCUUAAAGCUUGUCGACAAAUAUUGCUGCGAAAAUGAUACAAUCUCAGUUCUUUUAAAUAAAUAUUUAAACCCUAACUGUGAAGCAUUAUCAGAACAUGUAAAAAAAAAAUUAAUAUUUUAUCAAUCAAAAGGACUAGCAAAUUUAAGAGUUUUAUUAAAAUCUGAAGGAGUCAGAUCAUGUAAAAAUAAAUUCUAUGAACUGGAUGCCACGUGUACUUUAAAAAAGAGUUUAAAUAAAAAAAUAAUUACCGAAUUUCCUAGUGUGCACAUUUGUUAUAAUGUAGAAAAUUUUAAUUAUGAAAUCAUUGAAGAUGUAAAACUGAAUAAUAUUUUGGUUGAAUCUAAAAUGUUAUAUGACGAAGUCAGGCAAUCCUUAAAUAUGCAGAGAAGAUGGGUUGCAAAACAGACAAAAAUUGACCACAAAUGCAAAACCGACGAAGAAAUAACAGAGGAAUUGAAAAAGAUCGACGAAGAAAAACUAAAAUGGAAAAAAUUUGAAAAUUUAGAUAUUUCUUCUGAAUGUGGAUUUAAUUUUCUUAUUAGUUCGGACAACGAUUUUUUGGGCAUAACUGAUUUAAAUUUUAAACAGUAGAAUCUAUCCACUAAUGAAAAAAAAAUACAUUGUGUCUUUGCUUAUGGGGACCGGUGAUAUUAUAGCUCAACGUUAUGUUGAGAAGACUCAGAUAAGUGAAAUCAAUAAAACUAGAACAUUGCAAUUUUGUGCAGUAGGACUUUUCGGCGUUGGACCAUGCCUUCGAGCUUG